AUGGGCUUCCUCCUCCUCGAAGUGCCCCUGCUGGUGGCCAUCGUCAUCGCUACCGGCUACUACUGCUUCCUCCUGCCGCCCAAGUACCCGGAGAACAUCCCCGCGAUCCCGUUCUGGGUCGCCCUGCUGCCGUUCUUCAAGGACGUCGACCAGUCCGACAUCUUCCGCACCUACAUCGAUAAGCCGCUGAGAAAGCACGGGGCGGUCAAGCUUUUCUUUGCCGCGCAAUGGAAUGUCUUGGUGCACCGUCCGGCGUACAUGGCCGAGGUGUUCAAGGACGAGGACCUGUUUGAGAAGAGCGGCAACCAGAAGAAGAUCCCCCACAGUGUGCUCGCGCAGUUUCUGGGUGACAACAUCAUUUCCGCCCAUGGAUCGACUUGGAAGACGUAUCAGUCGGUCGUCAAGCCCGGCUUGCAGCGCAACUUUGACGGGACCAUUGUCGCCAACAACGCACACAAGCUCACCCGACUAUUGCGAGACGCGCAGAAGACGGCGGGAAGCAAGGGCGUGCCAGUGCAGGACUUUUUGCAGCGGUACUCUGUGGCCAACUGCUCCGAGGGUGUCUUGCAAACGCAGUUCCACCCUCUCGAGUCGGCGGCCGCCCCAAUCAACGUGAUGCAGUCGCAGGUCAAGAUGCAGAUCUUCAAGCCCAUCUUCAUGAACUUUCCCGUUCUAGACCGCCUGCCGUUCCCCAGCCGGACGCGGGCGCGCGAGGUAGUGCGCCAGUUCAAGAACGAGCUGAAGCGCGCGCUGGUCGAGAGCCACGACAAGGUUCCGCGAGGCUCCGACGGUCUGGGCCGGCGCAUGCUGGACGCUGCCGAGUCGGGAGUCCUCACGGAGCAGCAGCUCCUCGACAACCUCACCGUCGCGUUUGUGGCUGGCCAGGAGAACCCGCAGCUGGCCAUGACUUCGAUGCUGUAUCUGCUCGCCAAGCACCCUGAUACGCAAGCCACAAUCCUCAAGGAAAUCCUCGCCCACGGCGCCCAAGCCGCAGAACAGUCCAGCCUGGCCGACAUGCCCCAUCUCACGUCAGUCAUCUACGAGAGCCUGCGGCUGUUUCCGCCAAUCGGACAGCUCAUCAACCGAAGGGCCACACGGGACACGUUCCUGGGCGGCGACGAGGUGCUGAUUCCGGAGGGCACCUAUCUCGGCUAUAACUGCUACAGUACAAACCGCGACCCAGACGCCUGGGGGCCAGACGCCGAUGAGUUCGUCCCCGCGCGCUGGGGCAAGACGGUCGACGAGAUCCAGACGCACUACCGACGGCGGCGGGCUCGCGGCGAGUUCAUCUCGUUCCACGGCGGGCGUCGGAGUUGUCUAGGCGAGAGGUUCGCCCUUUUGCAGCUGCGCAUCACGCUGGUCGUCUUGAUCCAGACUUUCAAGUGGAGCUUAGACCCGACCUGGGCAGACCGCAUGACCCCUGUACGUCUUUCUUUUUUUUUCUUAAUUCACCCUUUCUCCAACGCCGGCAUCUCCAUCUUCCACCGCUUCCAAGCCUCCUUCAUCCACGACGGAAAGGGCACCCUUCUCUUCACCAGCGGCCCCCGCAAGCAGCUGCUCGAGGAUAACUGGGAGGUCAUCAACUCCUUCAUCCACCUGCAAGAGUCCACCGGCCUCCGCCUGUACCAGCAAUGCCAGCUCCAGGACGGCGUCGCCAAGGGCCUCCUGCUCGCCGCCGAGAGCAAGGACAACAGCGUCGGCGAGGACUUUGAGUACUUCUUCGUCCAGCUGAUCCUCGACCAGCUCGACUUUGCCCUCUACAACCCCACCGAAGCCCCGUCCUCGCCGAGCCCUCACGUCCGCGUCACCGGCAAGAUUGUGUCGCUGUUCGACUCAUAUCUGCGAUACCAGGGCAACGAGGACAAGUGGGAGGCGGGCGGCCGUCGUGUCUUUGAGGAGCGUGUCCGCCACUUCACCUCCCAAGGAGCCCAGAUCCAGCUCUGUCUUCCCGCCUUUCCCUGCAAGUCUACCAAUACCAACAAGGUCACCGGAACCUCUCCCGACCGUGGCGAGGCUCUCGCCUUGAACCAUCUCCACAGCUUCGUCGAGGCCGUCGAGAAGAUCUACAAGCCCGGCGCCAAGCUCUGGGUCAUCAGUGAUGGCCAUGUCUUCAGCGACUGCAUCGGCGUCGACGAUGCUGUCGUCGACCGCUACGGCGAGGAGCUCAAGGAGAUGAACCGCGAGAUUGGCCUCGCCCGCGGCCGUCUCGACCGCGUCGAUUUCCGCUCCCUGGUCGACCUCUUCAAGCUGACCGACGACACUGUCGCCGAAGAGGUCAAGAGCAUGGCCAAGAGCCUGCGCAUCCCCGCUAUUACCCAUCACGUCCGCACCAAGGAGACCGAGGAGGCCGAGCUCUGCCGCCAGAUCCUCAUGGCCGGAACCCAGCCUCUCGAGUCUGUCGCCCGCGACCGCCUCAAGUCCAACGACGAGUCUCUCGUCGCUCUCUAUCGCGGCUUUUCCCGUUUUAUGCUCGAGGAUCUUGAGCUCCACCCCACCACCCUCACCCAGACCAAGUCCCAGCGCAAGAAGCUCUCCACCAAGGUGGCGUUUGAGAUGAUUCUGCGAAACCAGGCCUAUUCCAACCUUGUAGAGAUGCUAUUUCCAAAUUACGUCCGCUUAAGUAUUCACGCUCACAACAACGCCGGUCCCAAGUUCGGCAUCCAGCUCUUCGACGCCUCCAAGGUCCGCGUCGUGGAAGACCUCUCCCCCGAGGGUAUCCCCAUGGCCUCGGAGGAUCUCCUGCACAUCCCCACCCCGUGGCACAACUCGGUCGUCGAGAUGGAGGGCUGCGACUACCUCCUCGUCACCAAGGCCAAGGUCGCCACGCACGCCAUCGCAUGCGGCGCCAUGGGCGGUGAAAAGGUCACCGAGGGCGGCGCCUACUUCAUGCUGACGCAGGCCGUCAAGGAACCAGUUAUUCUGCUUCAGCGAGCUAUGUCGUUUGCCCCCGUGGAGGAGGUGUCCUUCUACGACAAGGCCUACCAGCAGUUCACUCAAGUGUUUGCUCCUCUUCCGGUUCUUGUUUCGGUCGGUCUGAUCAUCGCCUACCGCAUGAAGGUGCAAUGAUUUCUCAUUUGUCAAUGUCGGUUUACGUUUUAAUUAAGCAUGAGCAUGGGAAGCGUGGGUUUUAAAAGUCGCAGAU